AUGUCUUAUGUAGAAGAGGCUGAGCCAGUCAUUGAGCCCAGCCCUCCCCAUGAGAGAACUGCCUUGCCCUGCUCCAGAUUCACUGCUCACAUGAAGAAUUUCUCUGAAUCUCUUAAAGUUAGCAGCCUACAUUUUCUGCAUUUUCCCGUAUUUCCAGAAAGGAUUCCGACUGCAGUGGCAUGGAAAAAACAGCUUUGCACUAGCCAGUACAGCAUCCCCAGGUCUCCUCCUGUAAGUAUCACUUCUUUUGAAGAAAAAAAACAUGGAGAAAGCAGUCCCUCCACAACACCAUCCACUGAAUGGGACGAGACCCCAUUGAUAUUCACUGUCACACAAGAAAUUAAUGAGAGAGACCGAGGAGAACCCAAGCAGGCCUGGAGCCAUCCAUUUUUGGAACAGCAAAUGUCAAAAAAGUGUAUUCAAUCUGACCCAGUAUACCCUGUGCAUCUGGAGGCUGUCGGCACGCAUGUCAUUAGACAUGUGAGACUUCAGAGCCAGCCCUCGCGAAACUCCAAGACACAUGUUGUCCCAUCAGGUCCUGCUGCGAGGCCUUCCACGGCCAUCGGUCUCUGCAGGGGAAGCCAGACCCCUUUUGCCCCCUCGAGGGUCUCCUGGAGUUCUUCAGAGGCCAAGCUGGAGGAGAGGAUGGCAGCCACAGUGGGCGCGCUGGCAAGCCCAUAUUCCCAAAGCAGGCUCCAGGGCGUGCCCGGAAAUCCAGUCAGAAGAGGCGCAGUUGCUAUGGCACUGGAGAUGCUCCCCAAGCAUCCUCAUCUCCUGGGGAAAAGGGGGCUGAGGGCAGACGCCUCCCUCCACGGCAAUGUGGCAGGAGCGCCCCUUCCUCAGCUUGCCGGGGCUCCCACCCAUCUCCCCUCAAAGAGGUUAAUCAAGGCUGGCUCUGCUCCCCCCUCCCGCCCACCCCAGCGUUUCCAUACGGUUUGUUCACAGGCCCCUCCUAGGCCCGGGGUGAAUGCUCACUUCCAUUGA